AUGCAGUCUGCAAUCCUAUCUUUGGCUGUUGCCGCCAACGUCGUCGCCGCUGCCGGCCUUCAACCCCGGGAAGCUGUGGUUAGCUCCGACGCCGCUGCCUUCACCUCCGCCGCCGACGCCCUCAUAUCGUCCUACAUUCCCGCUAAUGAAUGGGCGGCUCUGACCUCGGCUGUCGGUUCCGCUGCGAGCGCAGCCGGUGUCACACAGGAUGUAAAGGAUCUCAUCUAUUCGGCUCUCAAGGCCACCGAUGCCCCGCAGUGGUUCGAUGGAGCUGUUCCAACUGCUUACUCCAGCCAAUACGCCGCCCUCGAGUCCGCCAUUGACAAUCUCCGCCCCACCGUUACCGUCCCGGCUCCCGGCCCCGUGACCACCGUUCUCGCCGUCACCACCACCGAUGAGAACGGCAGCACCAUUGUCGCCAGCGUCACCACUACCAUUGUUCCGACCCCGACUACUAUCACCACCCAGGUGGUUCCCACACCCAAUAUCAGCGUCGUCACCGGCACCGAUUCAGCGGGCAAUGCCUACACCUCCACCAUUGUCGGCACCAACGCUACCGAAUCUGCUGCCACCACUGCCACUGAGACCGUCACCACCGGCGGAACCGCUACCGAAUCCGCCACUGUGACCGAGACAGGACCUGAUGCCACCGGCACUGAAGCCUCUGGCACUGCGGCUUCUGGCACUGCUACUGGCACUGAUGCCCCCGCCCAGACCAACGCCGCUCCGACCGCCGUGGCUAACAGCCUUGCUGGUGUCGCCGCUGUCGUCGGUCUCGUCAUGGCCCUCUGA